UCAGCGUGUUCACAUCCUCAAUCGUAGCAAUCCGGGAUAAAACAGCUAAAGCUGAAAUCUAAGAGCAAGACUCAAAACGAAUACAACGCUUAAUCGCAGAGCAAACUAACGUGCCAAGUGCCGGAAAGUGAAAUAUUUUGUGUGAAAAACUUUUACAAAAAAUCGUCAAAAUUACGCCCCACAUCAGUAUGCAGUCGUCGGAAGGAUCUCCAGAAAUGAUGGAUCAGAAAUACAACAGCGUGCGCUUGUCGCCAGCGGCUUCAAGUCGCAUUCUAUACCAUGUGCCUUGCAAAGUUUGCCGGGAUCACAGCUCUGGCAAACACUAUGGCAUUUAUGCCUGUGAUGGCUGUGCUGGAUUUUUUAAGCGCAGCAUUCGCCGUUCUCGGCAAUAUGUUUGCAAGUCCCAAAAGCAAGGACUCUGUGUGGUGGACAAGACCCACAGGAAUCAGUGCCGUGCCUGUCGCCUGAGGAAGUGCUUUGAGGUCGGCAUGAACAAGGAUGCAGUCCAGCAUGAGCGCGGACCCCGGAACUCUACCCUCCGUCGCCACAUGGCCAUGUACAAAGACGCCAUGAUGGGCGCUGGGGAACUGCCGCAGAUCCCAGCCGAAAUCCUGAUGAACACCGCUGCCUUGACCGGAUUUCCUGGUGUGCCAAUGCCCAUUCCUGGCUUGCCUCAGCGUCUGCCCCCACCGCCGCCGCAACACCAUCAUGCCGCCUUCCAGCCGCCACCGCCCACCGCCGCUGCCGUCUUGGACUUGUCCGUGCCACGAGUACCUCACCAUCCGGUGCACCAGGGUCAUCACCAUGGCUUCUUCUCGCCCACUGCUGCCUACAUGAACGCCUUGGCCACCCGGGCCCUGCCACCCACUCCACCUCUAAUGGCCGCCGAGCACAUCAAGGAAACGGCCGCCGAGCAUCUCUUCAAGAACGUCAACUGGAUCAAGAGUGUUCGCGCCUUCACCGAGCUGCCCAUGCCCGAUCAGCUCAUGCUGCUGGAGGAGUCCUGGAAAGAAUUCUUCAUCCUGGCCAUGGCCCAGUACCUCAUGCCCAUGAACUUUGCCCAACUGUUGUUCGUCUACGAGUCUGAGAACUCCAAUCGUGAGAUCAUGGGCAUGGUGACCCGUGAGGUGCAUGCCUUCCAGGAUGUCCUGAACCAGCUGUGCCAUCUGAACAUUGAUAGCACCGAGUACGAGUGCCUGAGGGCCAUCUCACUCUUCCGCAAAUCGCCGCCGGCAGCCAGCUCCACCGAGGAUCUGGCCAACAGCUCUAUUUUGACCGGCAGUGGAAGCCCCAACUCCUCGGCCUCCGCGGAGUCCAAGGGCUUGCUGGAGUCCGGAAAGGUUGCCGCCAUGCACAACGAUGCCAAGAGUGCCUUGCACAACUACAUCCAACGCACCCAUCCAGCGCAGCCACUGCGAUUCCAAACCCUUUUGGGAGUGGUUCAGCUGAUGCACAAGGUCUCCAGUUUUACCAUCGAGGAGCUGUUCUUCCGCAAAACCAUCGGGGAUAUAACCAUUGUGCGUCUCAUCUCCGACAUGUACAGCCAGCGCAAGAUCUAAUGUGUAACCUUUAAAAUCCUUGAACUCCGUGCACUCGAAGUGCCUUCCUAGUGCUGGGAACUGUGAUAAUCUCGGGAGCGCUUUGGACUAAAUAUAUAUUAAUAUAUAUAUCAAUCAAUAAUUCAGUGAAGGAGUCAAGCCUUACAAAAAACAAAAACACAAAAAAAUGCCAACACCUCAACUACCUUAUCUUAACUAAACUAAUCAUAGUUCUUAAGUCUUAAACCUUCCACGAAGUGUUUCAAAUUGCAUUCGUCAAAAGUUUCAACUUUGCUUGUUAAAUACGUCAAUCGUAGCCUAGUUUAUGUACAGUUAAAAACAAUUAAUUCUUAGUACAUAUCAACAUAUAUUAAGCAAUGAAAAACUAUUAACACAAUAAACCUAAAGGUUUUCGAAAUGAA